UCGGGAGGAGCUAGUUCCCUGCUAACGCGAUCACUAGCUUCGGGGAGGAGCUAGUUCCCUGCUAACGUGAACACUAGCUUCGGGGAGGAGCUAGUUCCCUGCUAACGUUGGCUCGAUUCAGGGGUCAACAGAGAAGGAAACGGCCCCACCCCUCAGUCCACCAUGGCGGACAUCAAGAACUUCCUGUAUGCCUGGUGCGGGAAAAAGAAGCUGACUCCCACCUAUGACAUCCGAGCAGCGGGGAACAAAAACAGGCAGAAGUUUAUGUGUGAGGUGAGAGUUGAAGGAUUCAACUACAUCGGGAUGGGAAACUCCACAAACAAGAAGGACGCUCAGACCAACGCUGCCAGGGACUUUGUCAACUACCUGGUGCGAAUCGGGGAAAUGAGCGCAGCAGAGGUCCCGUCUGUGGGGGUGAGCGCUCCGGUCUGUGAUGAGCCAGAUGGCGGAGGAAACGGCGCCUUCGGAGCCCUCCCCUCCAGUGGACCGCUGCCCCCGCACCUCGUGGUUAAAGCUGAGCACGAGGAGAGCUGCAGCAGCGGACCGGUUCCAGGAGUGACUGGACUAGGUUACUCAGGAGGAGGGAGCUCCGGGUGGGGGGGAGGAAGAGGAGCAGGAGCUCAGUGGGACCGAGGUGCCAACCUGAAGGAGUACUACGCCAAGAGAGACGAACAGGAAGCACAGGCGACUCUGGAGUCGGAGGAGGUGGACCUGAACGCUAAUCUUCACGGGAACUGGACCCUGGAGAACGCCAAGGCCCGUCUGAACCAGUUCUUCCAGAAGGAGAAAACCAGUGCUGAGUAUAAAUACAGCCAAGUGGGACCGGACCACAACAGGAGCUUCAUCGCAGAGAUGCAGCUGUUUGUGAAACAGCUCGGCAGAAGAAUCACGGCUCGAGAACACGGCUCCAACAAGAAGCUGGCGGCUCAGUCUUGCGCUCUGUCUCUGAUCCGACAGCUGUAUCAUCUGGGCGUCGUGGAGGCGUACUCCGGAGUCACUAAGAAGAAGGAAGGAGAAACUUUGGCGCCGUAUGACGUCAAUGUGUCUCCAGAACUUCAGCAGCAGCUGGCCAGUGUCGUCCAGGAGCUCGGAGUCCUCAUCCCGCCGCCACCUGCAGACCCCAGCUACCCCGUGUCUCUGGUUCAGGGGAAGAUGGCGACUUUCGAGCCGUCGCAGCGGCAAAUCGGAGCCGGUGUUGUUCCCUGGUCGCCACCUCAGGUCAACUGGAACCCCUGGACCAGCAGCAACAUCGACGAAGGACCGCUGGCAUUUUGCACGCCGGAGCAGAUCAGUGGCGAGCUGCAUGACGAGCUGAUGUACCAACUGAAACAGGACGAGAACCUGCACCAGAUCCUGCUGCAGCGCGAGCAGCUGCCCGUCAAACAGUUCGAGAAGGAGAUCAUGGACGCCAUCGCCGACAACCCCGUGGUGAUCAUCAGAGGAGCGACGGGCUGCGGGAAAACCACUCAGGUUCCUCAGUACAUCCUGGACCGCUUCAUCAAGGGAGCCCGAGCGUCCGACUGCAACAUCGUGGUCACCCAGCCCAGACGAAUCAGCGCCGUGUCUGUGGCAGAGAGAGUCGCCUUUGAGCGAGGGGAGGAUCUGGGGAAGAGCUGCGGCUACAGUGUCCGCUUCGAGUCCGUCCUCCCCCGACCUCACGCCAGUGUCCUCUUCUGCACCGUUGGUGUUCUGCUGCGGAAGCUCGAAGCUGGAAUCAGAGGCAUCAGUCACGUGAUCGUUGAUGAGAUCCACGAGCGAGACAUCAACACGGACUUCCUGUUGGUGGUCCUCAGAGACGUGGUCCAGGCCUACCCACAGGUCCGUGUUAUCCUCAUGUCGGCCACCAUCGACACCACCAUGUUCAGAGAGUACUUCUUCAACUGUCCCAUCAUCGAGGUGUUCGGACGAACUUUCGCUGUUCAAGAGUAUUUCCUGGAAGAUUGUAUCCAGAUGACGAACUUCGUUCCUCCACCGUUGGACAGAAAGAAGAAAGAUAAAGACGAAGAGGGAGGAGACGACGAUACCAACUGUAAUGUGAUCUGUGGACCUGAGUACACUGCGGAGACGAAGCAUUCGAUGGCUCAAAUUAACGAGAAGGAGACGUCCUUCGAGCUGGUGGAAGCUCUGCUCAAGUACAUCGAGACGCUGCAGGUGAGCGGAGCCGUGCUCGUCUUCCUGCCCGGCUGGAACCUCAUCUACUCCAUGCAGAGACACCUGGAGUCCAACCCGCACUUUGGUAGUAAUCGGUACCGAAUCCUGCCGCUCCACUCUCAGAUCCCCCGAGAGGAGCAGAGGAGGGUGUUUGACCCGGUUCCUGACGACAUUACGAAGGUGAUUCUGUCCACAAACAUCGCAGAGACGAGUAUCACCAUCAAUGAUGUCGUCUACGUCAUUGACUCCUGCAAACAGAAGGUGAAGCUCUUCACCUCCCACAACAACAUGACCAACUACGCCACCGUCUGGGCGUCCAAGACCAACCUGGAGCAGAGGAAAGGUCGGGCCGGUCGAGUUCGACCCGGGUUCUGCUUCCAUCUCUGCAGCCACGCUCGGUUCGACAGGCUCGAGACUCACAUGACGCCAGAGAUCUUCAGGACGCCACUGCAUGAAGUCGCUCUGAGCAUCAAACUGCUGAGACUCGGAGCCAUCGGACACUUCCUGUCCAAGGCCAUCGAGCCGCCGCCGCUGGAUGCCGUCAUCGAGGCCGAACACACUCUGAAAGAGCUGGAUGCUCUGGACGUUAAUGACGAGCUGACUCCUCUGGGACGGAUUCUGGCUCGACUCCCCAUCGAACCUCGUCUGGGGAAGAUGAUGAUCAUGGGCUGCAUCUUUCACGUUGGUGACGCGAUGUGCACCAUCUCAGCUGCUUCCUGUUUCCAGGAGCCGUUCAUCAGCGAGGGGAAGCGUCUCGGCUUCGUCCACAGAAACUUCACGGGCAGUCGUUUCUCUGAUCACGUGGCGCUGCUGUCGGUGUUCCAGGCGUGGGACGACGUCCGGAUUAACGGCGAGGAGGCAGAGACUCGUUUCUGUGAACACAAACGUCUGAACAUGUCGACUCUGAGGAUGACCUGGGAGGCUAAAGUCCAGCUGAAGGAGAUCCUGGUCAACUCUGGAUUCCCUGAAGAGUCUCUGCUGACGCAGAUGUUCAACACGGUCGGACCGGACAACAACCUGGACGUGGUCAUUUCUCUGCUGACCUUCGGCUCGUACCCCAACGUCUGUUACCACAAAGAGAAGAGGAAGAUCCUGACCACCGAGGGGCGCAACGCCCUCAUCCACAAAUCCUCUGUCAACUGUCCGUUCAGCAGCCACGACAUGACCUACCCCUCGCCGUUCUUCGUCUUCAGCGAGAAGAUUCGAACCAGAGCGAUCUCGGCUAAAGGGAUGACUCUGGUCAGUCCACUGCAGCUGCUGCUGUUCGCCUGCAAGAAGAUCAGCUCCGACGGAGAAAUCGUGGAACUGGACGACUGGAUCAAACUGAGGAUCCCUCAUGAGGUGGGAGGAGCCAUCGUGGCCCUGCGCGCUGCUCUGGAGGCGCUGGUGGUGGAAGUGACCAAAGAACCAGAAUUCAUCAGACAGAUGGAUCAGAGCAACGAGAAGCUGAUCAACGUCAUCAGACACGUGUCCAAACCCACCGCCGCUGGACUCAACCUGAUGAGCAACACACACAGGAUGGGAGACGGUCCUCGACCUCCAAAGAUGGGACGCUUCGAUGGAGGAGGCGGAGGAGGAGGCGGCUACAGGGGGGGAGGAUACGCAGGGGGAGGAGGGGGUUACAGAGGUGGGGAGGAUGGAGGUGGGGGUUACGGAGGAGGAGCAGGAGCAGGAGGAUACAGGGAGGUGGUGGAUAUGCAGGGGGUGGAUACAGAGGGGAGGAGGGGAUACCGGGGUGGGGGAUACGGAGGGGAGGAGGGGGUACAGGGAGGUGGUGGAUAUGGGGGAGGAGGGGGUUAUAGAGGAGGAGGAGGAGGAGGAGGGUACAGAGGAGGUUAUUAAAGUCCUGACAUCUCAGUGACAUCAUCUCAGUGACAUCAUCUCAGUGACAUCAUCUCAGUGACAUCAUUGGUGAUGAUGAUAGUCAGGAACCAGGUAGGAAUCUUUUUUCCUGAGCUUCUUCUAUCAGCUGUUAGAAUCAAUGUUGUUAGUUGAAGAGAUUUGAUGAUGUCGACCGUCAGUCAGGAACAUGUAGAAUCUGUAGAACACGUUUGUGUUUCUUGUGUUUCUUGUUAAAAGUCGAGCUUCUGUUUGAUCUCUCCGUGUCCGUUUGGUGAAUCGUGUUUGAUUUAUGAUAAUUUGUUGGAAACGUCAAUAAAUAUUUAACAUGUGAA